GUGACGUAUUUCCGGUCCCCUCUAUACCAUGCUUCUGCUUCUGCGUGAAUGAGAGAGAGGGUCACCUUAUUAUACACACACGCUCUAUACACACACAUACACACCUUAUACACCUUACACACACUGUAUACACACCUUACACACUACCCACACACACUGCUGUCAGUUUAAACAGUGUAUUGGGCAGGGAGAGCUGUUAGUGUAGUAGAGCAGGCUGUGUGUGUGUAUAUAUGGUGGUAAUGGACUGCUAGUUUUAUUAUAGUCUCCAGAGUUGUUCUGUAUAAACUGUGGUUAAAGUUGAGGACAGAUGGCUGAAGCUCAUCAGGUGAGGGUUCAGAAGGCGGUGGAGGGGAUGGUGCAGAAUCUGGAGAAGGAGCACAUCCGGAAAAUGCAGGGGCGCAUGUUCCGGUGCAGUGCGGACUGUUGUGAGCGCUCGUCUGACUCUAUGGCUCAGGUACACCAGUGUAUAGAAGUUUGCCACACACCUUUGGCCAAAGCUCAGGGAUUGGUCACCCACGAGCUGGAACAGUUCCAGGAUCGUCUGACGCGAUGCACCAUGCACUGUAACGAUAAGGCUAAAGACCUGUUCGACUCCGGGGCGAAGGAGCCGGCCGUGCGCUCGCUGAUGGAGAAGUGUGUGGGCAGCUGUGUGGACGAUCACCUCAGUCUGCUGCCCAGUAUGACCCGCAAGCUGAAGGAGAGCCUGCAGUCAAUACCUCAGUGAUCAGCUGAUCAAUAACAUUAUUAAUUAGAUUAUGAUGUGAAGGAUCGAUCACAGAGCGAUCGAGAUUCUGAUGGACUCGGACUCUCAUGAUGAUUUCUGUUAAUCUGUUAAAGUUGCUCCUCUUCAUCGCUGACGCCGUACUGUGACUUCUUCAUGUUCCUGUCGUGAUUCGUCUUUGCCUCGUCUGCUGACUCUGUUUUUGUACAAAAAUAAAAUCAAUGCUAAAUAAAACUA